CGCCCCUCAUUAACUUGAGUCCGAAGCGCUACCGGGAUACGGAGUUUACCCAUAUGAGAGGAGAGGGUGACCAGUUUUAGACCGAACGGAACUGAUUACAUCUGCAAAAAUGGUCGAGGCUUUCUGCGCAACAUGGAAACUGGUGGACAGUAAGAACUUCGAUGAAUACAUGGAGGCAUUAGGAGUUCCUUUUGCCACAAGACAAGUGGGCAAUGCUACCAAAACAACAGUAAUAAUCAGCACGGAUGGAGAAAGAGUGAUGUUGAGAACCCUAAGCACAUUCAGGAAUACCGAAUAUGUAGCGAAAUUUGGAGAGGAGUUUGACGAGGAGACACCUGACGACCGAAGAGUAAAGUCUACCUUUACCAUGGAGGGAGACAAAUUUGUGCAUACACAGAAGUGGGAUGGGAAAGAGGCCAGACUGAUUAGCGAAAUCAAGAAUGGAAAGAUGGUGAUGACGUUAAACUUUGAGGACGUCACAGCUGUCCGCACAUAUGAGAAGGUGGAAAGGAGGACAUCAUUUAUCCAAGUACAGUAAACCAACCAGAAGCAGCUUUACGUUUUACUUGAACUGAAAAAUAAACAUGUUUUUUUUAUUAUUAUUUCAAAUAA